UUUGACUUGCCAAUACAGUGGCAAGAAAGCAGCGUCGGCCGGUUGUGAUUAUUUAAAACGUGCGAUUCUAACAGCUCAUCUGGGGUGUUAAUGUGUUGAAAACUUGAAAUUCCUGUCUUGAAGACGUUUGCGUUUGGACCCGGUACUAUCGUUGAAGUGACGGUCUCUCCCUUUCGGUGCCACUCAGGUCUGCUGCUUCCUGUAUUGACGGACCAUCACCACCAGUGACAGACGAAAGCCCUGCUGCCCGGCCACAGAGCCCCCCACAGCCCGGUUGUAACUUUGCGGAGGGACGCCACACGACCACCAGCAGCCCCCCCCCCGCCCCCCCUACAGUCGGGGGAAAAAACGUGGUGGGCCGCUGAGUCUCUUGGCUUCCUUUUCCCGGUAACACUAGCUAGGUAGCUAAUGGCUAGCAGCAGGUAGCUAACCCCGAUAAGAAGCGUCCAAAAAUAGCAAUGCGCACACCUCUAAUACUUUAAAGACAUUUAAAGGACCCGUGCAUUAGAAACUCCUCGGUAUGUCACGUUUUAGACAAACAUUCGAGUGACACGGCUCCUGAAACUGUCAUCUUUUCGCUGACGGUAGCCAGCUAAGUCGUUAGCCACCAAGACGUGAUCCUGUUGCUCGCUAGCGAACGAGGAAAAGGGCCAAACCACUGCAACUGCUCUGCUUGGUGCAGUUUUGUGCGUCUUUGUGGACAAUAUUUGAGAAUUUCAGGGUUUUUUUUUCAUCUGAGAUGGCACCCAAAAAAAGACCGGUUCCGUUAAAUAUAACGCCCAUUGGAGAAGGGCAGCCCACCUCAAACACUACUGAUGCUGCAUCCGAAGCAAACCUCGAGGCCUUACAAAAGAAGCUGGGAGAGCUGGACCUGGAUGAGCAACAGAAGAUGCGACUGGAAGCCUUCCUCACCCAGAAAGCGCAAGUCGGGGAGCUCAAGGACGAGGACUUCGACCCCAUCUGCGAGCUGGGUGCCGGGAACGGAGGAGUGGUCAACAAAGUCCGCCACAAGCCCUCUGGUCUGGUCAUGGCUCGCAAGUUGAUCCACCUGGAAAUCAAGCCGGCCAUCAGGAACCAGAUUAUCAGAGAGCUUCAAGUCCUGCACAAGUGUAACUCCCCGUACAUCGUGGGUUUCUACGGCGCCUUCUACAGCGACGGCGAGAUCAGCAUCUGCAUGGAGCACAUGGAUGGUGGAUCUUUGGACCAGGUUCUGAAGGAAGCAAGGAGAAUUCCAGAGGAGGUCUUGGGCAAAGUUAGCAUAGCUGUGUUGAGAGGUUUGGCCUACCUGCGGGAGAAGCACCAGAUCAUGCACAGAGAUGUGAAGCCCUCCAACAUUCUGGUCAACUCUCGCGGGGAGAUCAAGCUGUGCGACUUCGGAGUGAGCGGCCAGCUCAUAGAUUCCAUGGCCAACUCCUUUGUUGGAACACGUUCCUACAUGUCGCCGGAGAGACUGCAGGGCACCCACUACUCUGUUCAGUCGGAUGUAUGGAGCAUGGGUCUGUCCCUGGUGGAGCUGGCGAUCGGCCGGUAUCCCAUCCCCCCACCAGACGCCAAGGAACUGGAGGCCAUCUUCGGAAGGCCUGUGCUGGACGGAAGUGAGGGAGAGCCUCACAGCAACAUGCAGAGGCCCAGACCACCAGGGAGGCCCGUGAGCGGUCACCACGGGAUGGACUGUAGACCUGCUAUGGCCAUCUUUGAACUGUUGGACUACAUUGUGAAUGAGCCUCCUCCUAAACUGCCACAUGGUGUAUUCACGAAUGACUUCCAAGACUUUGUCACAAAAUGCUUGAUCAAAAAUCCAGCCGAAAGGGCCGAUCUGAAGAUGCUGAUCAGUCACAUAUUUAUCAAGCGAUCUGAAGUGGAGGAAGUGAACUUUGCCGGCUGGUUGUGCAAAACUAUGAACCUCAACCAGCCCAGCACCCCCACCCGCAGCACUGAGUGACGCCCGCCGGCCCCUCCUUCCUUAAGCACUGCCCUUGUCACACCGCUGGGUCUUGCUUGCAUAUUCACAUACAUUCAGAAACAGACACACACACACACACACCACUGGGUCUUGCUUGCAUAUUAACAUGCAUUCAGAGACACACAUAUUGGCACUUUUGUCAUGUUGUUUUUGGGCUUCAAAACGGUUCUGGCUUCCUCUCAUGUAUUUGUUCACCAGCAGCAGCUGCAGGGCUCUCGAGUCGUCGUACUGUAAGACCACAAGCUUCACCAGGCCAGUGUCACCUUUCCACUCGGCUGCAAGGGGGGAUGUAAAGCUUUGAAUGACACACUUAUAUUAGCUAUUCUGUAUGAAUCUUUUCUAUGGCAACGGUUGAUGGCUGGUAGGGCGGUAUUUUAUUAACGGUGGAGAUUUGAACAGGAGGAACCUAAAUGUAGUGAAAUCGAAAUAGGUUGUGUUCAAGGUGAAUGCAGCAAUUUUCAUUUACACAGACCCCUUUUGUCAAACUAAUGACCCGAAAUUAUCUGCCAUAUUGUAAUUACAUUAGUCGUGGAGAGAGCGCAGGAGAGAUGGGCACAUUCAGUCAUUUUUAGUUUUUUUUUGGGUUAAACGAUCGAUCACUCUGAGGAUCACAAACCAAAGAGGAUACUCGCACUUACCAAUGCUUGAUCAGUCCCCCCUGUGUCGGCACAUUUAUGAAGAACAAUAUAUCAGUGCACUUUGGAUAAAAUUCAAUGCAGUUGCGUUGACAUUGUUUCCUCAUAAAUUUCAAUCACACACUCCUGUAAUGGGAGAAGCCAGGAAGAUACUGCGUCUUUUAAUGACGUUGAGAAAACAAUGAUUAAAAUGUAUUCUUGGGAUGCUAUAGCAUGGUUUAAUCUUUCUUAUACUGUGCGUGUAUUCUGUUUUAACGGUGCGGAUGAUCAGCCGAUGUUUUGAUGAGAACCCGCUGUGCUAUCAAUAUGAAUAAUUUUUGUUCGCUAAUAUUUUGUUUUCUUUGUUGUUGAUCUGUACUUUCCCCUUCCUUGAGGUGUGUUUGGUUACGCUCCCCUCUGUACUACAAAAAUGUGUGGCACUCCAGAAGCAGACAGUAGACUUGGCUCGUGCUUUUCAGGAAAACCUCGCACACUUUCAGUCAAAUUGCGGUAUAAUUGGACGUUAAGCUUGAAGCAAACAUUUUAGUAGUACAAAAAGGGUUCAACUGAGUAUUGUAACCGGGGUCACUUUUGGUCACAUGCUGGUGGUAACGCUAGCCUUGCUCGAGCUCUUGCAUUUUUUUUUUCUCUGCUUUUUGGCUGCCCUCUCUUAUUCUCGAAACCCCCAAACAAUGUGCAUUCGUUCCGAGCAAAAAUGGAUGCAUUGUCACUUGUAUGUGUACAAAAUAUACAAAAAUUACAGGAGUACUAUUUUGCAGUCUUAAUAUACAACUUUUUUUGAUUUAUGUAAAUGACAAGGAAAAGUCAUUUAUUAUAAUAUAAAAAUGUGUUGGAUAUGGUUCUAAUGUAUAAAAAGAUAAAAAUAAAACUUAUUUGUGAAUGUAA